AUGGGCAGCAGUGCCAGUUUGCUCGCCAUUUUCUCUGGGGCCCUUUCCUUUGUCUGCACCGUUGGCGCUCUCUGCACAGACUGCUGGCAGAUCAACAGCAAAGGCUCGGUGGUUCUCAGCAUGCGUUGCCGAGGCCUGUGGGGUGAAUGCGUUUGGGACAAAUUUGUCAAGAUCUGGACCUGUGAUGUCUUCAGCUCUUACCUGAAUCCACACCCUGUUGCCAUCAUCCUCACUAGAGCCUCCCUCAUCACAUCGUCCGUGGCCGGAAUCGGGGCCUUUCUUUGUCUCCUCUCGGGGUGCCGGUACUUCAGCUGCCUCCAGGAUAAGACGGCCAAACAUCGGUGCCUCUGCCUGUCUGUGGGAUUCUACCUUUUGGCAGGGUUUGCAUCCUGCGUUGGAGUCAUCCGAUACUGUGUGUACGUGUUCUCCCAGCAUCAGUACGAGGUGUCGCUGAGCAUCCCUGGAUUUCCGAGCUUCGAAUACGGCUACUCCCUGUGGAUGGCUGUAGCAGGCAACCUGGCAGCCCUCGCUGCCGCUUUCAUGGCGUACUAUGACGUCUGGCGCAUGAAGACUCCCAGUGCAAACCCAGCCAAGGAGUAUGCUGGGAAUGGGAUUGGAAUGGUGCGCACCUAUGUUUAA